UUUGCGUUCAGAGGUAAUUGAAUUAGAUGGAGAAAGACUGACCCAGGAAUAGGAGGGAAGCGCGUCUCCUGCUGUUCCUCCUCUUGUCACCACUUGACUCCUGACUCUUCUCCAGAUCAAACUAAUUGCACCAGUGUGGCAGCAGAAUACCCUGCACAGUGCCAGCCACUGCGGACCUGCAUUGUGCAUCCCCAGCUGUCCUCUUACCCAGUCACCAUCCCUGACCAUUGGGACCGCUUCUGAUGGCUGUGGCCUCUGCUGCCCCAGGGAGCCUCUUCUGCAAGCAGCUCCUUUUCUCUCUCCUGGUUUUAAUAUUGUUUUGUGAUGCUUGUCAGAAAAUUUCUCUUCGAGUUCCUUCUCAUCUUCAGGCUGACAGACUGGUAGGCAAAGUGAAUCUGAAGGAGUGUCUCCAGUCGGCCAGCCUAAUCCUGUCAAAUGACCCUGACUUCAGAAUUCUUGAAGAUGGCUCAAUUUACACAACACGUGACCUCAUUUUGUCUCCCCAAAGGAAGAGUUUUUCCAUUUUUCUUUCAGACAGUGAGAAGCAGGAACAGAAAGAGAUAGAAAUUGAACUGGAAGCAAGAGCAAAGAAGGUUUCUAAAAAGAGACAUAGCAAAGACAUGGUCCUCCAGCGCAGCAAGAGACGGUGGGCUCCUAUUCCAUGUUCACUGAUGGAGAACUCGUUAGGUCCGUUUCCACAGCACGUUCAGCAGGUCCAAUCUGAUACUGCACAGAACUACACUAUCUUUUACUCCAUAAGUGGACCAGGAGUGGACAAAGAGCCCUUGAAUUUGUUCUUCAUCGACAAAGAUACUGGGGAUAUUUUUUGUACACGAAGCAUAGAUCGUGAGCAAUAUCAAGAGUUUCCGAUAUAUGCCUAUGCCACAACCGCAGAUGGUUAUGCACCAGAGUACCCACUCCCCUUAUUAUUCAAGGUUGAAGAUGAUAACGAUAAUGCCCCCUAUUUUGAAACCAAAGUGACUAUCUUUAAUGUGCCUGAAAAUUGCCGUAUUGGAACUUCAGUGGCAAAAGUGACCGCCAUAGACCUCGACGAACCUGACACUCUCCAUACUCGUCUGAAAUUUAAAAUCUUGCAGCAAAUUCCAGAUCACCCAAAGCAUUUCACUGUACACCCAGACACAGGCGUCAUCUCCACAACGUCACUUUUAUUGGAUAGAGAAAAAUGUGAUACAUACCAGUUAAUAAUGGAAGUACGAGACAUGGGGGGCCAACAUUUUGGCUUGUUUAAUACAGGAACAAUUACUAUUUCACUUGAAGAUGAAAAUGACAAUGCACCAUAUUUUACAGAAACUGCUUAUUUUGCAGAAGUGGAAGAAAACAGAAUCGAUGUUGAGAUUUUACGAAUGAGUGUACAUGACCUGGAUUUGCCAAAUACUCCUUCCUCAAGGGCUGUGUACCAGAUCCUACAAGGAAAUGAAAAUGGAAACUUUAAAAUCAGCACAGACCCAAAUACAAAUGAAGCAGUCUUGUGUGUUGUCAAGCCAUUGAACUAUGAAGUCAACCACCAAAUUAUUCUGAAAAUUGGUGUACUUAAUGAAGCACAGUUCUCUAGUGCGCCAAACUCUCAAACUCCUACUAUGUGCACUACAACUGUCACUGUUAAAAUUAAAGACAGUGAUGAGGGCCCUGAAUGCCAACCACCAGUAAAAGUUAUUCAGAGUACAGAUGGCCUCCCAGUUGGCAAAGAACUCUUUGGAUACAAAGCAUUGGAUCCAGAAACACGCAGUGGUGAAGGUUUAAGGUAUAAGAAGAUAGGAGAUGAAGAUAACUGGUUUGACAUUAAUGAACAAACUGGUGACUUGAGGACUGUAAAAGUAUUAGAUAGAGAAUCAAAAUUUGUAAAAAACAACCAAUACAAUGUUUCAGUGGUUGCAACUGAUAGAGAUGGCAGAUCUUGCACUGGCACAUUAGUCGUUCUGUUGGAAGAUCAUAAUGAUCAUCCACCACAAAUUGACAAAGAUGUGACAAUUUGUCAGCAUAAUCAGGAUUUUGCUCUUCUCUCACCUACGGAUCCAGAUGGACCUGAGAAUGGUCCACCUUUUGAAUUCCGUCUGGAUAAUUCUGUCAACAGACUUUGGACCUUAGAAAAGAAGGAUGAUAAAACUGCAUUGCUUCGUACAAAGCAACAACUUGAUUAUAACAUUUAUAGUGUGCCUGUUGAAAUAAAAGAUAAACAUGGUCUUUCUGCAAAACACGUAUUGUCAGUCAGAGUAUGUGACUGUACAACACCAUCUGAGUGUAGCAUGCCUCUGAAGAGAGAGCGUGAUGCCGACGUACCAAAAGUCAUACUUGGAAAAUGGGCAAUUCUUUCCAUGGUGUUGGGUUCUGCAUUGUUGUUAUGUGCCCUUUUUACAUGUUUCUGUGUUACUGCUAGGAAAACAGUAAAGAAAUGUUUUCCAGAGGAUGUGGCCCAACAAAAUUUAAUUAUAUCAAAUACUGAAGGACCUGGAGAAGAAGUAAUGGAAGCAAAUAUUAGACUCCCCACACAGACAUCCAACAUCUGUGACACAAGCAUAUCUGUUGGCACUCUUGGUGGCCAGGGAGUCAAAACACAGCAAAACUUUGAGAUGGUCAAAGGAGGCUACACUUUGGAUUCCAGCAAAGGAGGUGGACAGCAGAUCCUGGAGUCUGUCAAGGGAGCAGGACAAGGGCUGACAGAUACCGGCAGAUACGCAUACACCGACUGGCACAGCUUCACCCAGCCUCGGCUUGGCGAAAAAGUAUAUCUGUGCGGACAAGAUGAGGAGCAUAAACAUUCUGAAGACUAUGUUCAUUCAUACAACUAUGAAGGAAAGGGGUCCAUGGCCGGCUCCGUAGGCUGCUGCAGCGAUCGGCCGGAAGAAGAAGGGCUUGAGUUUCUGGAUCAUCUGGAACCCAAAUUUAGGACACUAGCAAAAACAUGUGUAAAGAAAUAAAUGUGCCUGUUUAAUGGAGUAACAUCUACAAGGGCAUAUGCAGGAGUUUAGUGAAUGUAAAAUGAUAGCAGCGCCUGCUAAUGUGUUUGUUUAUUGGAGGUAAAUGUCAAGACCUGUAGAGAAGGAUACUAUAAAUAGAAAGCUCCCUAAGUUCUCCUUGUCUAGAAUAACUUCGGUGUUUUCUAGAAAUAACUGUUCCAUCGGCUCAUUUUCUUGUAUAUGCCUGUACAUACUGCCCUUUCCAGGACUGUACUUUGCUCUUCCUUGUACCUUCUGUUACUUUGCGUGCUAUGGGAGCAUAUGUAGAACAGCUGGGGAUUGUGGAGGCUAAUAAAAAUGAAUUUCUAUUUUAGAUGAAAAUUAAAUGCUUUCUUUUAAAUGUUGGGGAAAAUAAUCUAUUAAGAAAUGGUCUUUGGUGCCAGAGAAUUGCUCCCUCUACACAAGUGGCUAUGUACUGAAGGCUUUUUAAGUCUUCUUUGGUGCAGUCUUCAAUUUGGUAAAUAAUAGCUCAUUUCUCACUACAUUUUUCACCUGCAGAGAUGCUCCUAGCACUGUUUAUUUUCAGGAUGCUUCAGAGCUUGGUACUUGGAUCUCUGCCCAUGGGAAUGCCUCAUCAAGUUCCUAUAGCUUCUAGGGCCAUUGGAAAGACAUAGGCCAAAAUAAGUCCACAGCAAUUUGAGCCAUGGAGACUUUACAUGAAAGCAUUUCCAUGAAGGAAUUGCAACCUUGAUGCCCAUGGGUCGACUUAGGUUCACAAAUAUGGUUUCUUUGCUCAUCAUGGUGUAUAAUUACUUUUUAAAAAUAUAAAUAACUUUGCAAGAACAUGCAUUCACUAGUUUGCCACAGGUCCACAAUCUUUAAGCGUUUGUGAAAUAAGCCCAGUGGGCAUUAGGUUUGAAAUUCUGAUCCACAGUACUUAGACCUUUGAAGAUGCUAAAAACUGAAUGACCCUUCAUUCAUUGUGGAACCUAAUACUCAGUUUACAUUUGUAGUUACUGUAAGAAAAUAGAAAAUCACAAAGCAUGGCUGGAGUGCAUAUGUUAAAAACUGAAACCUAUUAAAGCAACACCAAAUAUUUUUGAAUGAUAGAUGAAUAAACAUGUGAAUUAAUAAAUUAUUUUAAAUGCAUAAUAAUUUAAUAGGAUACUAUAUAUUAUUUAUUUGAAAAAAAUUUAAAUAAUAUUUUAAGAGUCUUCUGUGCCAGACUAUAAAUUUAUCAUUGUUCAUAUACAGUUUCAGACUAUAAAUUUAUAAACAAUUAAUACAUCACACAAAUUUCUCAUGCAAUAAAAACUGUUUUGCAUGGGUGGGUGGCUCAGUUGGUUGGAGCAUCAUCAUGUAUACUGAAAGGCUGCAGGUUCCAUCCCAGGUCAGGGGACAUACCUUGUUGCAGUUUUGAUCCCUGGUUGGGGUGUGCCUGGGAAGCAAAUG